CAAAUCAGUAGUAUAACAGGGUUGUUAAUGAAAUCAUAUGAUUGAAAAACGUCGGUCGUCGCGAGAGAUAAAUAAAUAAAGUUUUUUCUUUUAGUCAGAAUGACCGUCGGAAUAAGUGAAAAAGAAGCCGCUGGCCAGCUGCUGGAUGACCUGUACCUGGACAUGUUCCACCUGGUCGAGGAGCAUACCCAGUGCCGGGUUAACCUGGAACGGUGCAACGCGAGUGGUGCGAUUCUCCUGGCUCGCACUAGAUUCCAGCACGGAGGCAGCAACUCAGUGUCCACGGCUCAGAUUCCCACUGAGAACAGUGCCGAGUUCAACGCCCUCUGCAGAGUUGUGGACUCCGAAGAUGGCAUCUGCGUGGAGAGGCAGGCGGUGGAUAAAUCCAAGGGCUAUGUGGAGCCCCUGCACUGGUUCUCGGUUCUGCCGCCCAUGAGCUUGCGCCAUGCCGUCUCCAAGUUUAAGGAUUGCAUCGAGCUGGUGGCGGAAGAGCACAAAUCUACAGCGGCAGCUCGGAGAAGCUUUAGAUUGGAUCGCUAAAUUGCGCCAGAUUUCCUUGCUAAACUAGACAUUAAAAACCCACACAAAAUCCAUACAAUAUUAAGAAUAAAGUACAACUGAAACAUAAUUAAAACACAAAGUAAUGAAGUACCGAGUCGCGUGGCCACACUUCAGGACUGGACUUACUGUGAGCGUCUCGUUUGCUGUAACCAAAAUAUUCCAAGACACUCAUGCGAUCCAACAUUUAUUAUUAAACUUAACCUUUCGUCCGUAAAUAAAAGUUGUACG